AUGCUAGCAUCCAAGGCUGCGUUCUCCGCCUCGUUGGGGAUGCCGACUUCCCAAGCGUCAGGAACCGCAUAUCACUCGAGCCAGCCUCUGAAGGCUCACGGGGCCAGCAAAUCGGUCGAUGGAGUUGCAUUCACAAGCCCGACAGAGUCGGAAUUCUCCGAUGCACACGAUGGACUCGAUUCCGUCCGAUCUUGGGAUGAAAAGAAGGUGGUGGAGUGGUUGCACAGCAUCAACUGCGGUCAAUACGAGUCCAUAUUCAAAGCCAAUAACUUCAACGGCGAUAAUCUCCUCGAAUGCGACCAAAAAAUCCUUCAAGAAAUGGGCAUCAAGAAGGUCGGGGAUCGGGUCCGCAUCUUUGUGGCUAUCAAGCAGUUGAGAAGCAAGGCUAUCUCGAAUCGGAAGAAACAGAAUAUUAAAGCUUUAGCCGCCCUGGAUGCUUCGAGUGUCACAUCUUUGGGCUCAUCCCGUUACUCUAAAGGAUCUAGUGGCCGACGCCAGGAGUCAUCCCCGUACGCAACGGAUUCUGAGAAAGGCGGGCGCUCCCAUCGCUACGCAGCAUCUAGUCCCAUGGAGAGUGCGCGCAAAGAGCAAGCGAACAGCUACUUCGGCUAUACACCUUCUCCAGGAUCGGUCCCCGCUCGGAAUCCUGCAACCCCCGGUGAAAAUGGCAACAAGGGAACAUCGCACCUCAGACAAAACCCCAGUGUUGAUGGCCUCACGAUGGGCCCGCUCCCGGCAAACUCUCCGGUCAUCAGAGUGAUUUACACGGGUGGCCAGACAAAGGUUCUGAAUAUCAGGAAUUGCAAGACCCCGGAUGAAGUCUUCCUCUGUGUUCUGAAAAAGCUACAGCUUCCGGAAUAUCAGUACAGGCACUACUGCUUUUACGUGCUGGACGGCCUGGAGCCUGACCCAGCCUACUGCAGAAAGUUGACGGACUCCGAGAUCAUGCGCAUCUGUGAAGGAGGAAACAGGUCUGAGCGGGGCCGUCUUAUCCUGAGAAAGCUCCACGCUGGAGAGCCAGAUGUUGAUGAGCUUCGUCGUGCUUCUCAGCUCGCUGUGGACGAGAGCCAGAUGGCUCAUAUGAACGCUCUGAAUAAUUCCAACCCCCGCAAUCAAGCGAAGAUCCAGAAGCUGACGGGAGAGUCUUGGCACAAUCUCAAGCAACCCAUGUCUCCAGCUAACGAUCGAACAAGACAGAGCUCCCUUGACGAUCAUGAACCCUCGUCAGGUGGGCGUGAACGACAGACAUCUAAGCUACGGUCGUUCUUCGGUGCUAGGCCUCCUAGCGAGAUGAUUAUCCAUGAAUUGACCUCCUACUUCCCAAGCCAUCAGCGUGAAGACAUCGAAAGGACAAUGAGAAUGUCUGUUCGGAGGUCUCAGCGGAUGAGUCGGGCGGCGAGCCGUUUGAGUGUUAUGAGCAACUCAAGUUACGCAUCUAGCUUGAGGGAUGCUCCUCCGAUCCCUAGCAUUGCCGAUACAUGGCUGAACCCGGGAGCGCAGCCUAGAGCCAGGCCGCUCUCCGUGUCCAGAUUCAAUCUACCCCAAGUAUCCUUCCGUGAUUCCGUCGCGUCCAGCUCCCUACACCCACUCCAGGAAGAGGCGGCUGCGGAACCAAACCGGCAAUCAUACGUGUCAUUCGCUAGCAGCUCCGACCAGACCUCAGCGGAAAAUACGCGGCAAAGCUUCAUGUCCGAUACCCUGAGCGUCCGAGGAUUGGACACUGCAAGUUCCAUAAACCAGCGAUUGAGCAUAUUAGUGGCCGAGGAUGGAGAAGAAGAGGAUGAUGGACUGAAGGAUUUCCUUGCGGGCGACAAUUUUGCGCCUAAGAACUGGAUGAAAGGAUCUCUUAUUGGUGAAGGUUCUUUUGGAAGCGUCUUCCUCGCUCUUCACGCAAUCACGGGAGAACUGAUGGCGGUGAAGCAAGUCGAACUUCCGUCAGCGACAAAAGGAACGGAAUUCGACAAGAGGAAGAACAGUAUGGUCACUGCGCUGAAACAUGAAAUUGAUCUGCUUCAGGGUCUCCAGCACCCAAACAUCGUGCAGUAUCUCGGUACUUCCGCAGACGAACAGAACUUGAACAUUUUCUUGGAGUAUGUUCCUGGAGGCUCUAUUGCGGUGAUGUUGAAGCAGUACAAUACGUUCCAGGAGCCGCUGAUCAAGAAUUUCGUCCGGCAAAUUCUUGCUGGCCUGUCCUAUCUCCACAGCCGUGAUAUCAUCCACCGGGAUAUCAAGGGCGCCAAUGUCCUGGUCGAUAACAAGGGUGGUAUCAAAAUCUCGGAUUUUGGUAUUUCAAAGAGGGUGGAGGCUUCCACUAUGCUUGGCUCUGGGGCUACCGGGGGCGCAGGCGGCCAUAUGCACCGCCCGUCGUUGCAGGGCAGCGUGUAUUGGAUGGCUCCGGAAGUGGUUCGCCAGACAGCUCAUACGAAGAAGGCCGACAUCUGGAGUUUGGGUUGUCUCGUCGUCGAGAUGUUCAUUGGCGCCCAUCCUUUCCCAGAUUGUAGUCAGCUGCAGGCUAUCUUCGCUAUUGGCAGCAACCAAGCGAGACCGCCUCCACCCGAGAAUGCUAGCGAGGAAGCGAGGGCUUUCUUGGACAUGACAUUUGAGAUCGACUAUGAAAAGAGACCUAGUGCGGACGACCUGCUCAAGAGUCCGUUCUUGGCCGUGCCGGUUGCCUGA